AUGGCUUCCACCAUGCAACGCAUUAUAACCCGAUCAAUUCGCUCAAUUUCCCCUCGGCUUGUUGCACACCCUCAAUGGAUUCAAGUCUUUCGACCUAUUUGUCUCCUGCCACGAACCCAGCGCGCCGUUCCUCUCAACCGGCGUGAGUUUGCCAAUUCGCCUGCCCUAUACAAGAAAAAGGAGAAGGCCAAGAAAACUUCGGCUUCUGAACCAGAGGAAAGCUCUAGUGUUCCUUCUGAAGAUCCCUUUGAUCUUUCCCAGUUACACAAAGGCAUUUCCACAGCUAUUGCUCGGCUAAAAGAUGACCUAUCCAAGCUUCGCGCAGGAGGGCGGCUCAAUACUGCAGUCCUAGAAAGCUUGAGGGUCCAUCUGAGCAAAGACAGCAAAGAUUCGGUCAGACUGGGAGAUCUGGCACAGGUUGUGCCCAAGGGUGGACGCAUGGUUACUCUUUUGGCGGCUGAAGAGGGUCGAACCAACUCUAAUGCAUUUGAGCAGCACUUGAAACCUCUUACUUCAGCGAUUGUCUCCUCAAACCUCUCCUUGACCCCUCAGCCCGAUCCUCACAAUGCCCUCCAGCUCAACAUUCCUAUCCCACCGCCUACAAAAGAAUCCAGGGACAAGAACGUCCAAGCUGCCAAGCAAGCAUUCGAAAAGGCUGCCGGUAUAGUACGUGACUCUAGGGGUGCAAUGCAUAAACGUCUCCAGGAUAUGCAGAAGAAGAAGCUAGCUCGACCAGAUGACGUGCGUAAAGCUCACGAUCAGAUGGAGAAGGUUACAGAUCAGGGCCAAAAGGAGGUGAAGGAUGAAUUUGAAGGGGCCAAGAAGACAUUGGAACAGGCCUAA